AUGGACGGGAUAAAAGACAGCAGCUACGGGUCUAUAGAACCUCCGCAGCCUCCUCCGGAGCCCAUCGAACGGCCUCCGACUCCUCCACCUCCUCCUCCUGCCGAUCAUAGCUUACCUCCGCCGCCGCCAGAUAUCCCGGCUCCUCCACCCCCAGAUUCUCUUGUUCCUCCGCCCCCUCCCCCUUCAGAGCCCAAGAAAAAGAAAGGCUGGGGAACUACAAAAGCGGCGAAUCCCCUAAGUGUUGAGGAAUUGCUUCGGAAGAAAAAAGAAGCAGACGAGGCAGCUUCAAAGCCCAAAUUUCUUAGUAAAGCACAGAGGGAGAAGAUUGCGCUCGAAAAACGAAUGAAAGAAGUGGAUAGCGUUCGCCGCGCGAAGUCAGCAGCCAAUGGUAAUUCUGGGUCGGAUUCAAGAACUCUAGAUAUAGAGACAAAUGGGUACUCUUCAGCUUCUGCCUCUCGUGCUGGUGAGACUGGUAGGAAUGAUGGUUCGAGGCACAUCCCUACAGGUCCCCGUGCGUUGAGACAUGAUGCACCGACUGGGCCGGCUUCCAUGAGAUCGAACCAGAAGGGUAAUGAUAAAACUUCACAGAGUUCUUCGGCAUCUACUUCCGGAAACAAAGGGGAGAAACGGGCCUUACCAGAAGAUGCUCAGGCACAACUCAUUCGACAGAGAUAUAUGGGCGCAGACCAGAGAUCUAGCUUUUCUGCGAAGAAGAAACGGCGGCGAACUACUGAAAGGAAAUUUAAUUUCGAAUGGAAUGCGGAAGAAGAUACUAGCCCUGACUACAACCCACUAUACCAGAAUCGCUCUGAGGCAAACUUUUUCGGUCGUGGUAGACUAGCUGGUUUUGCAGAUGAAGUGGUAGAUGACUCGGUGAGAAAGUAUGCAAGAGCUUUGGAGGACAGGGAUCUUGAAGCUGGAAGUGUCCGAGCAAGAGAGAUAUUGGAGAUGGAAAGACGAAGAAAGGAAGAGAGCGGAAGAAAUGCUAUUGAUGCCCACUGGAGUGAGAAGAAAUUGGAACACAUGAGAGAAAGAGAUUGGCGAAUAUUCAAAGAAGAUUUCAACAUCAGUACAAAGGGUGGUGGUUUGCCAAACCCGAUGCGUUCGUGGUCUGAAUCGGGUCUUCCCAAGAGGCUUCUUGAGAUUAUCGACUCUGUCGGGUAUAAGGACCCAUCGCCUAUCCAGAGGGUCUCUAUACCAAUUGCGUUGCAGAACAGGGAUCUCAUCGGUGUUGCUGUCACCGGUUCCGGUAAAACAGCGGCAUUCCUACUACCACUGCUUGUUUACAUCUCCUCCCUCCCACGGCUAGACGAGUUUGAAUGGCGACGGAAUGACGGCCCGUACGCCAUUAUUUUAGCACCCACUCGUGAACUUGCCCAGCAGAUCGAAAUAGAAGCUAUGAAAUUCGCUGCGCCGCUUAACUUCAACGUCGUCAGUAUUGUGGGUGGUCACUCGCUUGAAGAGCAGGCAUAUAAUCUACGCAACGGAGCGGAAAUCAUCAUUGCUACUCCGGGUCGGUUAGUCGAUUGUAUUGAGAGACGAAUACUCGUCCUCAGUCAAUGCUGCUAUGUCAUUAUGGAUGAAGCAGAUAGGAUGAUUGAUCUUGGCUUUGAGGAACCUGUGAAUAAAAUUCUUGAUGCACUUCCAGUAUCAAAUGAGAAACCUGAUAGCGAAGAGGCAGAGAACGCCCAGGCAAUGAGCCAACAUAUUGGCGGCAAGGACCGAUAUAGGCAGACAAUGAUGUACACUGCCACCAUGCCUUCAGCCGUUGAACGGAUAGCAAGGAAAUACCUCCGUCGUCCGGCAAUUGUUACGAUAGGUAACAUCGGCGAAGCAGUUGAUACCGUUGAGCAGCGGGUUGAAUUCGUUUCAGGAGAAGACAAGCGUAAGAAACGUCUUGCGGAAAUUCUCACUUCACGCGAAUACCGCCCUCCGAUCAUUGUAUUCGUUAAUAUCAAACGAAACUGUGAUGCUGUUGCGCGAGAUAUUAAACAUAUGGGCUUCUCGGCUGUCACAUUGCACGGUUCUAAGACUCAGGAGCAGAGAGAAGCGGCUCUCGCAUCCGUACGUAAUGGAUCGACGGAUGUUUUGGUUGCCACAGAUCUUGCUGGUCGUGGUAUAGAUGUUCCAGACGUCAGUCUGGUGGUCAAUUUCAAUAUGGCUACGAAUAUUGAAAGUUAUACUCAUCGUAUUGGACGAACUGGUCGUGCAGGGAAGAGUGGUAUUGCAAUCACAUUCCUUGGUAGUGAAGAUAAUGAUGUCCUGUAUGAUCUUAAACAAAUGCUUAUGAAAUCGUCUAUAUCAAGAGUACCGGAGGAACUACGCAAGCAUGAAGCUGCUCAAUCUAAACCGAUUAGAGGAAUGGGUGCAGCAGGCCAGAAGAAAAUUGAAGAGAGCUCUGGGUUUGCCGGCAAGGGUGGCGGUAGUGGAUGGUAA